GACACGGGUGGUGGCCAUUUCCCAGGCAGUGACCCGAGAGUGGAGGGGCCCCGCCGGUUCGGGCUGUGGCUCGGGCCUUGCGGCUCGGGCCCGGCUUCAGCUGGGGCUCCAGCGCCAAAGCUGGAUGAGCCCAAGCCCAGCCUACCAGCCUGCCAGCCCUCCUGGCAGCGCCUGCCUCAAAAGCCAGCCUCGACUAAGUCUCCAGAUCCUAACCACAAAGGCAGAAAACUUUCUGCUUCUGAAGUUCAUGGGAAAUUACAGGACUCCCUAGAGUACGGAACGAGGUCUACCUCUGCUAAGCAGACAGGUUGUCUGGAAGCAGAAGCCUGGGGACUCCAGGGAAGCAUGAUGGACGUUUGUCCUUUCCUCAAAGAACAGGCAGAAGGUAGCGUAGAAAUGGAGACUAAUGGAAAGCAUUGGGUGGAGAAGUUGUUUAUACCUUGUUUUACUCCCCAGGAUUUUUUUAAGCAAGCUAAUCAGCCUGAACCUUUUUCUCAACAACUGGCUUUCGACCAAGCAAAGGGAGUGGAAGAAAUGUAUAAUUUGGCAAUUAAAAAGUUCCAAGAAGAAAAGAAAUUUAAGAGGAAAGAAUUCAUUUCCCCGCUAAUUGAACCAGAAUCUGAACCCAAGUUAACUGAGAGAAAGAUAAACAUUUCAAAGAAGCAACCCGAGAGGAAUUCUGCCUGCUGGGAUGCAGCUGAUUUGAAUGUUGGAACUGAAGAAAGCCCCAUGAGAACAGAAGGUCAUUGUAUCUGGAAUGCAAAGGAAUUAGCAGCUUUGCGACAAGAAACGCAGAAAAAACACGCAGAAGGCAUUUCUCAAAAAAUUCAGCUCUCCUUUUUGAAUGCCGAGCUGGAAGAACUUAAUGCCAAGUGCAGAAAAAUAGAAGCCGACUUUGAAAAUGCUGAAAGAGAACUCCUGAAAUCCAAAAGAGAAAUCAGCUUCAAGACCCUGCACUUAGAAGCUGCUCAGAAGGACAGCUUAAGAAAAGAUCGAGAACUCCGAGCUUUAAAGAAUGACAUCUCUGAAAAAUCCAUCAAUGUGAAGAACUUAAGUGAGGCCCUGCUGCAAGCCAAGCAACUUAUCCAGAAGCUAGACCUAGAAAACAAAGAUUUAAAAGAAGUGGUUAAAAAGUUGAAGCAGCAAAUUGAGGCUGGCAAUGCCGCCCUGAGGGAAAAGGUGAAAUUGCAUUACAAAGUAGAAAUAAAUAAAAUUCAGAGAGAGCUAGAGGUUGUUAAGAAUGAGCUGAAAACGGAGAAGUUCCUACAUGCCAGGAAUAACAAGGCCCUAGAGCUCCUUAGGAAACACUUUUCUUCUUUACCAGUGUCAAGUACACUUGACAGUUUCGAAAUAGAUUAUCUUUAAAGCUUAAAAAAAAUUGCCUUUAUCGGCAAAAUUACCUAAACCAAUUACGUUGGUGUUUGUUGUAUAUCUCUUUGAAAUCUGGAAAUAAGUGGGUGUAAAAGUUUGUAAUUUUCAGUUUUAGUUUAGUCAAAUUUCAAUGCAGCAUAAAGAUGUUAACUCAGCAAA